ACGGGUCCGAGGUUGGGCGUAUUUUCUUCGUCCAAUUCCGAGUGACAGCAUAGCAGCGUUGCAGCUUGUAAAAAAAGAGGUUCCGGUCUACAUAAAGUGACAACAUAGCAUCGUUGCAGCUUGUAAAAAAAGGCCAUUUCAAACAUUUCCCAUAGAAAAAUGCAAGUUUAGCUACUACGACUAGGUAUAAUCAUCUGAUAAUUCUAGUACUUCUAGCACGUUCAUAAACAGAAUAAAAACGGAGCACCAAGCAACAUGUUCGAAUCGUACCAGGCGAGUUACGAAGAGAGCCUAGAGCGAGUCCGCUCUGGCCUCGCCGCCCUAGACGCCACGAAGGAUGCCGCUGACUCGGCGCUUGUGGCGUCACUACAUCAACAGCUCAAGGAGGCAGAACAGAGCUUGAAGUCUUUGGACUUGGAGGCCAGGUCGAUGGGCAUGGAGAAAAGGCGUGAGGUGAAAAGAUGGAAAGACGAACUCAAAGAACUAAGCAAGGAAUUCGAUCAGAGGCUUGCGGUGAUGAAUAGAAGAGGGUUGUUAGGGGAAGCAGCGCAACAAAGAGCAGUGCAGAAGAGACUGCAAGGUAAAAUUGUUGGCCACUAAUUACGAUUCAGAUGUUAUUUUUACUGCGAGUGCGUGUGCGAGAAACUUCCUGCUAAAUAUAAUGACAACUAAGUAUCUGAAUUUCCCAUGCAUUCGAAAAAUCAUCACCUCUUGUACAGAAACCGAACGAAAAAUCGAGGAGGGAACCGAUAUGGUGCGGGCAGCGACGCGACAAGCCUUAGAAAGUGAGCAGAUAGGAGGUGAGAUAUUGAAUGACCUAGCGGCACAGCGUGAAACAAUACAGAGAACACGGGCAAAUAUGGGCAUCGUUGGGGGAGAACUCAAUCAAGCUGGGUCAACAAUUAAGGAUAUCGAAAAACCAAAUUGUGUUGUGCAGUGAGAAAAUUCUUUUAGGAGGAAGAAAUAGAUAUGUAGUGGAUAAGCUCAAGCAACGCGGCGCUUAAGGAGAUGCAUCAACAUCUUCA